AUGGCCCCUCUUGAUGACUACGAUCUGGACCCCUUUCGUGCAGCCAACCUCACCACCAUCCAAGAUGGCUUCCUCUUGGGCCUGGUGCAGACAGAUUCAGGGGACCUGCGCUUCCUUGCCCAGCCCUUGAUUGACGAGCAGGGUCGACCAAACUCGAAUGGAAUCCUCAUUCGUCAUGAACUCCCCUACAGCAAUGGCGUGCCAUCUUUUCAAUCCCAGCAUGCGGCCCUGUCCCCCGAUCUGUGCGCUGUCAUAGUCCACACCGCAUUCGGCUAUCGUCUCCUUGUUUGGGCGCUGGCGGCCAACACAACGAUCAUGGUGGGCGAGCCCCAGGACUUGGGCGAAGUUAGCCCUGCCGCCCAUGUGGUGGCUCGUGGAAACAAGAUGCUUUACCAGACGAUCGAUGGGACGGUUUACGUGGCCACGGUCAGCAGGACCUCUGCUUCCCCUUCCGCAUCCGUGCUCGCCCCAGUGUCCAUCUAUAACGCGCAGCAAUCGGCGUUGUUGACCCUCAGCAACGAUUGGCUUGCCAUAUCGCACGGCAAAGACGGCUCAAGAAGCAUCACCCUGAUGAUUCCCCAUACCGUUGACCAAUCAGGGGCACCUGUGUUGAUCAUGGCCAAUGCCACACAACUCCUUCAGGCAUAUACCCCGACCGCCGUCGGCCUCCUCAACUUUACCGCCGUGCUUAGCUACCCAUGCACCACCACCGUCGUCACAUAUUGCAGGCAUAGCGCAUAUUCGCGUGAAUGCAACGUUAUGAGCCCCAACACCUGUCCGACACCCACCACCACCAUUACCACUACCGCCGCCGCCGCGACCGUGGUCAGCACUGAAUCAACCUCAAGUGUCGCCCCCACGGCGUCACCAUCUACAUUGACGGCUGGGGAACUCGUGCCAGAUCGUAGCUCGCACGUCCUUGCCUGGGCGCUUGCUGGUAGCCUGGCCUCCUUUGUUCUGGGGGCGCUGGUGGUCUACCAAUUGUCGCGUCGUCGUCGCCGUCGCAAACUUCAGUAUCUAUACUUGGCGAGUGAGGACCCGUCAGACAAGUUUACUGAGCUGCAUCCUGACGAUUCAGCUUCUACGUGUGGCCUGGAGGAGAAGAAUGCUUCGGCGGGUCAAGGGCCGAGCAUGUACGCACUUGAGGCUGACUUGGAGUGUCGCGAAACGCAGCUGUAUACCCAGAGCGCCAUUCAGGCCUUUCUCCAAGGCGAAGAAGUGGAGGCCUUGCAAAUUGUCCAUAGCUCGCGCGGCAUUCUUGAGGCGGACGAACUCGGGCGGAAUAUCCUGACGCUGGCGUGUCUCCACAACUCGGAUUGGCUCGUCUUUGAGCUGACUCAGCACCCCCAAUUUGAUAAUUUGGUUAAGCAAUAUGACCAACGUGGCUACACAGCUUUUCACUGGGCAAUAUUGGUGAGCUCAUAUGAGAUCAUUGAGCGAUUGUUGCAGGUGAAGUACGACUUGCUCAUGGUCCCCACUUUGGAUGGCAACCUUGCGCUACAUCUUCUCAUUCGCGAGAAUCGUCACGAGAUUCUACGUCGGCUGUUGGAUUUCAAGCGUCGGCUGCUGCGGCUGCAGAUUUUGGAGGAAGAUGAGAACGGCCUGAUGCCGCUGGAGCGUUGCGAUCAUUACGGUGCCGAUGAAUGUCGGUCGCUCUUACAAAGCGUUUACGACGAAACCGUCGACACUUCAAAGCCCCUCAGUGCCAACCGCACCCGUUUCAAGCGUGCCAUCAUCAUGCGCUUGCAACGGCUGCGCGGAGGACAUCAAACUUCGCCCGUUCUUGUGAAUGCGCAAGCAAUUUAUUUGAACACGACACGCAUGUUUCUGGUAUGCUCCUCGUGGAGAUUUUUAAAUCCCGGACAGGGUAUGAGGAAAGGAUCCCGAGUCAAGGCACUUUCUGUGCCCAAUGAUGAAUCUCUCCCUCCCUCUCAGAAUCUCUCUCUCUCAGAAUCUCUCUCUCAGAAUCUCUCUCUCUCUCUCUCCUCAUCUGAUGAUGUCACACGUUUCGUUUCAUGCGCACAAGCUAUCCUUGACUCACAUGUCAGCUCCGAGGUGGUCAAAGGGAAACGGGUUCUCAGCCAGGCGCCAGUCGUCUCGUCCUCUCUGCCACCGCCCGUCUCCUCUGCACCUCUGACCCCCUUGCUACUUGUCCCUCCUCGUCCCUAUCCUUGUCUGGUCGCCUCACAACCACCCCGCGCGCGCCCCCCUCGUGUGCGCCGGGAUGUCAGCGCCCACGCCUCGCCCAUGGUCCUUGCGUCCUUGGGCAUCCAUUCGGCCGCCGCGUCCUGGUGCUUUCUCAAUGACACCAUGGCCCUGGUACAACCCACCGCCCACACCAACCUCUCGACCUGGUUUCCCAACGCCACCACCUGGCCCGCAUCCGCCCACUACAAUUCCUCGCUCAACGAGCCGUUCACAGAGUCCUGGGCCGUUAUCCAGCCCAAUCAACCCCCCGCCCUCGUCACCUUUCCUCCCAACAUGACCGUCGUUCACUGCGAGGACAUGCAAAUCCUACUGCGCAACAUCUCAAACCCCAUGGAUCUGGCUCUGGUGUAUUUUGAUGAAGACAUCCCACCACAGCCCCUGCCGGGCCUCCGGACCUGUAAUGCCCCGCCCCUCUCCCUCCGCAUUAGCAACCAGGAGCUCGUCCUCACCUUCCCUACUCAAAGCUCGGUCCGCGUACGUACCAUGCUUACCGCAGAUGCCCUCCAGCCUUCAAGCAAUUGCAGUGGCGGUGUCGAUCUGGCGGGUGACCCGCUGCUGGAUUCGAGCCACUUUGUGGCCACGCAUGGUGCCUAUGCCCUGGUCACCACCAACCCCAAACUGCCAAACCUGGCCAAGUUGUGGAUCCGCACCUUUCCAAACGCAGUGCAGCCUGUUCAAGCCAUCCUCGCCAUCGACGGCAACGUUGCCCUGAGUCACCACUAUCUGGCCUUUCAUCGCCAUGACAAUGCCAUCGUGGUCCUCAACACAUCCAAUGUCAAUGCCAACGGUUACAUAUCGCAAUUCAGCACCCUCAAGCUCCAGAACGAACUCGUCAUCAGCCUGGCAAUUAGCCACGACACCCUUCUCGUCGCUGUCUACGAGCCUGAUGGCAACCAUCGCAUUCUCGUCAUCCCCCACAAAAACGCCGUGCUGGACAUCAAAGCCAAAACAGAGAUUGAUCUCGACAACUACCGCCCUCAGCUCGUGGGUUUUCUCAACAAGGACAUUCUCAUUGCCUUUGAAUGCAAUUUCAGCCUGGUGCAGUCCUACAAUGCCUGGGUAUAUACCAGCACCACCUGGACCACCGUGCUGAAGAACAACUGCAUCCAGCUCUCGCCCACCACCCGUCCUCAACCCUCCACAACCUCCAUGAUCCCCACGACUCCAGCCCAUCACUCGAAGAGCCUGUUCCUGGCCAAACUGAGCUCGACAGAAAUCAUAGCGGUUGCCGUAGUCGUCGGCGCCAUCUCCUUCAUGUUGGGGUUAUGGCUGGCCCUGCGAUACAAACGUCGGCGCAAGCUUUUGACUGCAUCUAUGUUUGAGGACGCACCACCGCUUCUUAAGGACUACAAAGCAGAUGGUGAUGCCAUCAACGCGAGCGGUGCACACGACAAGAGCCAGGUGCUGGCACAAGCAGAUUCCUUCUCCUACGCGUCACCCCCGAUAUCCGCCGUCUCCUCGCCUCACAGCGACGCACAGCUGAUUGCCGCCUUGCACAACCCAGACCAUCACACUCUAGCCAUAGCCCUGGCGGAAGGGGAUGAGGACAUGGCACUUUGCCUCAUUGCCGCGGGGGUCGACGUCACGGCGGACGACGACCUCGGUCGCAACGCCCUGAUGCUGUCAUGCAUUUACAACUGCGGCGCCGUGGUUCGCCGCUUGACGCUGCACCCGUUGUUCGACGAUCUUCUCCAAUCACACCGAAGCUUUCACGGCUAUGCC